UCAAUUCUUGGGUUAAUUCCAAGAAUUCAAUUUUCCCUCAGUUUACGCUAAGUAUAUAAUUAAAAUGGUGGAUGCUUUAUUGAAUUCCUUUGUCUUUCAAAGCAUUUAUAUAAUAUAAAUAUAAAUGUUCUAUUCAAUGUGCUUUCAUUUUUGGAAUCUAUGAAAAAUUUACAACUGAAGUACUGAUGUUAACGUAGGAAUAUAAUGUUUAUGGAUUGUUAUAAUUGUUAUGAAAUUUGAGUUUGUGUUCAUGAGCGAGUUAACCGUUGACGCUAACUUUUGCUUUUGUUUUCUAUUCUGUAAACAACCGUUCCAAUUUGAUUGUUUGGAUUAUCUAUGAAUUUAAUAUUUUUUAGUAUAUGCCCUUCGAUUAAGAUGUUUUAAAAUAUUGACUUCACUGAUUAAAUUUCGUAUAAAAUAAUACAGGAAAUAGGAGCUCCGAAUUGUCGCAACUUUUCUUUCUUCUAGGUGGCGCUGCAACAUAGUCAUAUUUCAAUGGACAAGACAUGAAAAUUAAAUUGAAAAAUGUGGAAGUCAUAGGAAACCAUGCGGAAAUAAUUAACAAAAAUAUCCUCAAUUUUCUUCAGAUAUCUAUCAUAUUCAAAAAUUCAAAGAUAUAUUCACAGAACACUAUUAAGUUGAGUGUUCUGUGGCGACCAGUAUCGACCAUUCGACCAUAGAUAUAGGGACUUUUCCUGUCAUUUCUUUUCGUUUAAGUUUGGGAAAAGGGUACUAAGGUGGUAUCAAAAUAUUUUCAACUUUAUUUGAUUCACAUAAAUAUUAAAUCACACUAAUGGAAUACAUGGAACAAUCAGAUUUUUCACACAAAUGCAAAAAACGAAUAAGGGAAGUGAAAAAGAAAGCUAGACCAGAACUAAGUACUAAAGAAUCCUGGUAUCAGGAAGAGUACACCAAGGGGUUUCAUAAAUUUUGGGAAUUUGUUGAUAACUGUGAGAGAAUCGAUGAGAAUGAGUGUUCUCAGAGAGAAUUUAUUUCGAAAUACGAAUUGCCUUAUAAACCAGUAGUCAUAACAGGGUGCCAAAAUAAAUGGAGAGCUCCAGAAAAAUGGACUCUUGAAAAGCUCGCUAGAAAGUAUCGAAAUCAAAAAUUCAAAUGCGGCGAAGAUAAUGAAGGUUAUAGCGUUAAGAUGAAAAUGAAAUAUUAUAUAAGCUAUAUGCUCAAUACAAAGGAUGACAGCCCUUUGUAUAUUUUUGAUAGUAAUUUUGGCGAGCAUCAUCGUCGCAAAAAAAUAUUAAAUGAUUAUGAAGUUCCGUAUUUCUUCCGUGAUGAUCUGUUCAAAUAUGCUGGUGAGAAUCGUAGACCACCAUAUCGUUGGUUUGUAAUGGGACCAGCAAGAUCUGGAACUGGAAUUCAUAUUGAUCCUUUGGGAACUAGCGCCUGGAAUGCCCUAGUCAAAGGACAUAAAAGAUGGUGCUUAUUCCCAACUCAUACCCCUAAAGAGUUGUUGAAAGUAACAAAUCAAAUAGGUGGUAAGCAAAGAGAUGAAGCAAUAACUUGGUUCACUCACAUUUAUCCUAAAACCAAAGAACCAAACUGGCCAAGUGAUUGCAAACCAAUUGAGAUUCUGCAAAAGCCUGGAGAAACUGUGUUCGUACCUGGAGGCUGGUGGCAUGUUGUUCUUAAUCUUGACACUACCAUUGCUGUUACACAGAACUUUUGCAGUAGGACCAACUUUCCUAUUGUAUGGCAUAAGACCGCAAGAGGUCGCAGGAAGCUAUCUCAAAGUUGGUUGCGUGCUCUGAAACAGAAUGAGCCAAUGCUAGCUCUAUUGGCGGAAAGAAUAAAUAUUGAGCAAUCUUCAGGGGUGGCAUCUGAUUCCAGUAAUUCUUCUUCAAGUUCCAGUUCUGAAUCUGAAAAUAGUUCUCAUUCAGAUGAAGAUAGUGGGCAGGAGUCUAUUUCAGCCAAGAAAAAGAGAAGGAAGUCUGAUAGUGAAUCUGGACACAAAAGAAAGAUUCUGAAAAUUAAUCAUGAGAUGAACAGUUCUGAGCCCUUGUCUUCUGUCAAUAAUCAUUGUGCUUCCAAUUGUCCUGAGUCGACUGUGGGGGAAUUUUCCCCGAAAGAAUAGUAAUAUGUUUUUUCCCUUUUUUUUUUUUCUUAAAGUUACCAUUCUUGUUCAGCAUGUUUAGUGUUCUGUAAAGAAUGGAUCAGUUAUUGCCAAAUUCUCAUUCAAUCGAAUGGAUAGGAAUUUUCAAAUUAGUCAAUAAAUUAUUAAUAUUUGCGAACCUUUCUCUUUCAAUGUGAUGUUUCGCCUGAAAUUUACCUUGGGGUUAUUUUGUUGACUGAAGUAUUAGCAUUGAGUAUAUAAUGACAGGUAUACUCUGUUCUUCCUAUUUUAAUUGUAACUUCAUGCAUUCCUAAUAAUUCAUAAACUUGUUCCUAUUUAAUUAUUAGUUUAUUGAUCUUUCUGCAAAAUACUCAGGAUAUUUUUCAGUCAUAAUUUUAUAUUGGCAAUAACACUUUCAUUCUUUAUAGAUUUUUAUUCCAAAAGUAUUAUUAUAUUAUUUAAAUUAUUCCUUUGUUUAAUGACGAAAUUAUUUGAUGUACAAAGAUGAGCAAUAGAAAUGAUAAAAGCAAUUGAAUGAAGUGAUUGAGCAUUGAAUAUGAACAUUAAUAAUAAUCGUUAUUAAUGUUCCUAUCAGUUCAUAGAGGUUGAAUUUCUAUUGCUUACACUGUACAAAAAUUUGUUAAAAAUUUACUUUUAUUUUUAUUGUUGAUGCAAUAUGAUAUUUAAGUGACAUAUUUGAAAAUAAUAUGUUCUAUUAUUCGCUGAAUCUUUCUUGGGUAGGUUGAUCAGCCUAUAAUAUGUAUAAUAUAAACUUAUUUGAAAAGUACACUUGACUUAGUGAAUGUGAAGAAUUAAUUGAAGAAGUAUUAAUAACAUUAAUUUUUCCAAAUAAGGAGUAUUAGGAUGAGGGUUCAUUUAUGCAGCAAUAAAUAACAAAUAGCAUAUAACAAGUGUCAUGAAAUAAUCAAGAAAUGUAAAUCGAAGGUCAUUUAGUAAUUCAUUAAAACAUUUAUACAGAUUGGUUGUCUCGGGUGGAAAGAAAAGAUAAUAAUACCAAACUUCAUAUUUCACUUUUGUGUUUUUGCUUUUAUUUUUUUAAUUUUAUUGUCUUUUACUUGAAUUUAACUGACUUACAGCCUUACUUUACUAUUAUUUGGUUGGCAUUACUAGUUUUAAUGAUAUUUGGUCGCCAUUGAACAGUGACAUUUUGAUUGUUAUUAUUAUUUGUUAUUUGACGCUGCAUAAAUACACCCUUAAGUGAAAGAUUUAACUAUUUGCAAUGCGAAAUCACUACAAUCAGUCCUAACCUUACAUCUCAGGAAUUUUACAUCCAACACGUCAAAUUGUUAUUGCGCAAUUCCAAAAGUUGUUAUAUUUUUGGGCAGCGAUGAUAGUAUUAAAUUUGUCUUUCCAGUACUUUCAGUUUAUGGAAUAAAUUUAUUGAACAUCCUCGCAAAUCAUUGAGCAAUCAUUUUUCGAGCUUCUUCUAAAAGAUCUUGAAUGGCUUCUUUUUUGAGUCAGCUGUAUUAAUAUUUCAUCAAAUCCUGCUUAUGUCUUUUCAACAUGGUGUUAUAUUUCAUCAGAUCAUUAGUGAAACAUACUGAAGCUCUCAUUUUUUCCAAAAUGCCAAAUUUUCAGUUUGUUGUUUUCAUCAAUAUUUUCCUUGUUCAUCUUUUAUUCUUGAAAAGCUGUGAAAAACUCAAUUAUGUUAUAGUUUCAUAAUGAAAUUAUUGUGAUUAUUCUGUGAAAUGAAAGUGGUAUUAUUUUUCAUAACUGGCACUGCUACUUCUUGAAUCUCUAUAUUAUAAAUCACUUCAAUGCAGCUCAAAUAGUACAAAAUAGUAAGAGGUUUAGUCCAAAAUUGGGUGUCUUUUUCAGUAGAAAGCUCUAUUUCAGCCUACCCUUUUAAAUAUAUACAACUCUGAAGUGGAUUUUUUUUGGAAUUCCAAUAAUAAUCAUAUUCUAAAGCAAUAUCAGAAAAAUCUGAAGGAUUCCUAAGUGUUUUUACUUCCAGUCUGUGCCUUUAGGAGGUUCACUUAUAUUAUUUGACUGAUAUCUUUGUUUGUGAUCAUAUUUUUCAUUCUUCUAUAAUUUAAUGUUCUUCGUCUUUCGAAUUAGGUCAUAAUCAAAUUUAAAUCUCUUGUAUAUAACAUGUUUCUAUUACGCAUUACUUCCAAAGAACUUUGGGUUUGAAACCUAUUAUAUAAAUUAUAUUACAUUAAGUAUUUAUUUGAUACAUAUUUUAGUUUAAUCUCACAGGUAGAAAGGUGGUGUAUUAAAUUGGUAACUAACGGUAUAUACAACAAUAAGUAAUUCGUAAAAUAUGGAGGUAUUAUUUUGUGAGCUAGAAAAGAUUAAUCUUUUAUGUGACAAUCUGAUUUUUCAUGCUUCACGUUGAUAUCUUAUCAAAAUUUUUUUUUCCUGAAGCCAAAUUUUUGUGAUUGGGACACAUCGUGCCUCAUUAAUUUCAAUAUUCCCGUCAGUGCUUUUAAUUCUUCCGUUGUUGAUCACUGAAGAUUAACUAAAUUUUUUCAGACUUAUUGUAAGGUCAUGUGAUCUUGUUUAGUGCCUCAAUUUUACAACUGUGGUAAUGUUAAAUCACAAUUAUAACUAGAUAAGCAUUAUUAAAAUAUCAUUUAUAGAC